AGAGGGGUUUGCUUUUUUCAUGCUGGUUUCGUGGCCCGUUGAAUAGAGCGUUCGAACAAGUCCACAUUCAUUCCUUCAUAAGCUCAGGAUAGACUAAAAUAUUUGCAGUUGGGUCAUCUCUCUCGCGUUUUUUGAUAAGAGGGAAAGAGGGAGGAAAGCAAAGUUCACAGAUCAGGUGAAGCAAAAGGAAGAAGAAAGAGAGUUGGAAGAGUGAGGGAUGAAUAUGGAGUGGAGGAAAUGGUACAUGGACUUGAUGCUUGUGCCCUUGGGGUUCUUGGUGAUGAUAGGUUACCAUGUCUGGUUAUGGCACCAAGUUCGUACCCAGCCUCUCUCCACCAUUAUCGGCACUAAUGCUCGUGCCCGCCGCUUCUGGGUUUCCGCCAUGAUUAAGGACAACGAGAAGAAGAACAUACUAGUAGUGCAGACGCUGAGGAACACAAUAAUGGGAUCGACUUUGAUGGCGACGACAUCGAUACUUCUGAGCACGGGGCUGGCGGCGGUGAUAAGCAGCACGUACAGUGUGAAGAAGCCUUUGAAUGACACGGUGUACGGGGCACACGGGGAGUUCACGGUGGCCCUCAAGUAUGUCACUCUCCUCACCCUCUUCCUCUUCUCCUUCCUCUGCCACUCCCUCUCCAUCUGCUUCAUCAACCAGGUCGGCAUCCUCAUCAACUCCCCCCAGGACAGUGAUGGGGUGGUGUCGCCGGAGUAUCCAGUUGAGCUGCUAGAGAAGGGAUUCGUGCUCAACACCGUCGGGAACCGCCUCUUCUACGCCGGCCUGCCGCUGCUGCUGUGGAUAUUUGGGCCGGUCCUCGUCUUCCUAUUCUCUCUCACUCUCGUCCCCAUCCUCUACAACCUCGAUUUCGUCUUCCUCAAAUCAGAUCACUCCAAGCCCAAGCCCAAGCCCAUAUCCAUCAGCAGCACUAGCAGCCCAAACGUAACCAUCACCAGCACCUCCUUUGCAUGACCCUACCUCUCCAACUAAUCCUACUACAUAUGAAAAAUCGGAUUUAUGUAGACAUCGUGUGUAUAUGUAAUACUAGCUCAGAACAUGUCAUCCUGCCUCCAUUUUGAGUUGUAUUGCCCACUUCUCGAGCAUAUCAGAGCACAAACCCCCCC